GUCGUCAGUCAGCCCACCAUGGUGACUGAGGGUGUCUUGUCUGAGCACAAGUUCAGGUCAGGAGAUGCAGGAAGUGACCUCACCUCCCUGGGCUAGAUAUCAACAGACUUGGAACCCUGGUCACCAGGCAACCACAUUCUAUCCACAGACCCCCUGCCCAAGUCACUUUGCUCUCAGAGCUGAGAGAAGGAUGCUCUCCAAAAUGAAAGUCCCCAAUGGUGAAGGCCCGAAUAAGAGCCUCAGAAGAGGCAGAAUGACUCAGUUGAGAGGCUGGCUGAGGGAACAGUCUGCAAGCUUCUGUUGUUGCUGCCGCAGAAGUCCUAGGAGAUCUCUGUCAGGAUACCUGGAGGAGGUGUCCAGCCUCAACUCUGAGACUAUGUCAGAGGGAAAAUGGCCACAGGCAAAGAAGUUCUGCGAGCAGCCGAGGUCCAGGUCUAGUCUGCUGUCCCUGGACACAACUUCAGCAGGCUCUCUGGACAGCCGUGGAGGGACUCCUGCCCAGUCAGCAGAGAGUGGCCUCCCACAGGAAUGCGUGGAGCUGCUGGUGGGGGUGAUCCCGCUGUACAGUGACAUUGUACUCCACGCGCCCCCCCGGAACCUGGGUGUCCUGGGUACACAGCCUGCAGGUCCAGGGGACGGUGAGAAGGUGCCAUCAGCCCCCUAUUGCCAGCAGGCCCAGGAGGCAGAAUCUUCUGCAAGUGUGGAGCCCUCAGCAACUCUGGAGACAGGGCCCUCAGCCAAGACUGCAGGGACCCCCGAGCCACAGCCCACACAGGCCCCUCUGGCUCCUAGCUGGGUGCUCAGAGCUGCACUCUCAGAAUCAGCUGUGGAGAAGGCCCUGGGCCCUCCUCCCACCCCCGACCUGGCCCUGCCCUCCCUGGGGGAUACCUGCAUUGCUUUCCUCAUCUACUGCAUGUUCAUGAGCCCUUUCCUUUAUGGAUACCUGAAGGAAGUGUCUAGCCUCAACUCUGAGACUCUGUCAGAGGGAAAAUCGCCACAGGCAAAGAAGUUCUGCGAGCAGCCGAGGUCCAGGUCUAGUCUGCUGUCCCUGGACACAACUUCAGCAGGCUCUCUGGAUAGCCAUGGAGGGACUCCUGCCCAGUCAGCAGAGAGUGGCCUCCCACAGGAAUGCGUGGAGCUGCUGGUGGGGGUGAUCCCGCUGUACAGUGACAUUGUACUCCACGCGCCCCCUCGGAACCUGGGUGUCCUGGGUACACAGCCUGCAGGGGACGGUGAGAAGGUGCCAUCAGCCCCCUAUUGCCAGCAGGCCCAGGAGGCAGAAUCUUCUGCAAGUGUGGAGCCCUCAGCAACUCUGGAGACAGGGCCCUCAGCCAAGACUGUGGGGACCCCCGAGCCACAGCCCACUCAGGCCCCUCUGGCUCCGAGCUGGGUGCUCAGAGCUGCACUCUCAGAAUCAGCUGUGGAGAAGGCCCUGGGCCCUGCUCCCACCCCUGACCUGGCCCUGCCCUCCCUGGGGGACACCUGCAUUGCUUUCCUCAUCUACUGCAUGUUCAUGAGCCCUUUCCUUUAUGGUUUUAUUUCCCUGUUUUUAACUUAA